CUUCUCCCUGGGUUUAACCAAAGCGAAUGGCAGCGCUUCCCAUCUGCUAAGUACUCACCCAAGUACUCCUGUAGGCUUGUGUGUUUAGAUGCUGGUCAUUGUUUUAGAUGAAACUAGAUGCCCAGCACUUGGUGAAAUGUACCCAGCAUUCAGUUCAGCACUCAUUAUGCUUUAGGUAAUCAUUGAGCUCAUCUUAAAGACACUCCUGUGCUGUAAGUGAUUGCUGAGCUGCUCCUAAGAAAACAGGACCUAUUUUUUGGUAAAGGAACCUUAUCUCUACCUUCAGGUGCUAUAAAAUCUUUACCAACCUUUGGUCCUAUUUGACCUUCUUAAGAUUCAAGUACAGUAUAAGAAUAAGAUGAUGCUUUAACCUGAAUGUACUUUUGUGGAGGUCUGAAGGUUAUUGGAGAUUUUUAGUUUUAUCAGAUGAUUUCUUCUGGAGUAGGCAGGUAUUUUCAAUUUCUGAAUCUCCCAUGUCACUUCUCUCCCCUCUUGCACUGAAAAUAACUUUCAACUGCAUUUGUAAGUAAUACCCCAGUUGAAAGAAAGAUGAUUCCUUUCGAAGAUUUUAUGCUAUUGGUAGACUCCUAUGAGCUUUACUAUGCAUGACUGAUUUAGCUAUAUUAGCUUCUAAUUUCUUCUGAAGAGAAUCUGUGAAAUUAAUACAAUAUAAGAAAAUACAAUUUAUAAUACAAUUAUCAGUAUUAAAAUAUUCAGUUCUCCAAAUUUUUCUUAACUUGCAAUUACCAUAUUAACAUUUUAAGGCUCGGAGGCAUUUCAAGACGCUCCUCUGCAAUGUCUUGUUUUGCAUUAAGUUCUUUUUAGUAACUGUAAGACUAUGAAACUUCAAAGCUAUUUGUAGCCUUUGCUUUCAGUGAAUGCUGCAAGGAGUUAACUAGAGCUUAUGAAAAGGGGUUUUACCCCUUAUAAUGACUACUUAUUUUCCUAAAUGUUUCUCUAUACAAACUUCUGAAAAUGAGGUUUGUCAGCUAGGUGUUGCUUAUGUGAUGUUUCUUAUGGUUUUGUGUCACUUAGCACUGAAAAUGUGGAUAUAGAUAUUGCUGUGCAUCAUACAUUUCAAUCUUAGUCUAGAGGAUCAGGUGCUUGACUUUUAAUAGAUUAUGCUCAUUAUUUAGUUACUCCUUUUAAUUUUAAAGCUCUGGACCAAAGGGCUCGUUAGUACAAAGGUAACUGCUGAAGAAGUUUCUGUCUAGGGGGAUGAUUUCUGCAUCCAGGUACAUUUGGUAAUACUCUACUUCAAAGCAAUUGUGGAUAAUUACAAAGAGUGUUGCCUCUUAAAAACCUUCUUAACUAUAUAAUGUGACCUUCACAGAAGUUAAGCUUCUUAAGCCUGUGAUGCUGAUCUCCCUCAGCUGCCCCACCAGUCAGUGGAGAGAUCUCCUAUUCAGAAGUAGAAUGAGAUUCUUACUCAGGAUCACUAUUUUAUAUGUAAAUAAUUUGCAGGUGUAGUUACCCUUGAAAACCAUGGAACCUAAAAGGCCUCUAAGUAUGACAGAUAUUAACUGUACUUUGGCUGACAACAGCCACUGUGUACAUUAGGAUUAGAGUUACCAAGGGACAAAGCCACACCUGGAAUGUUUUGGGGACACUUGAAUGUUUACGCCAACUUUAGAAGUAAGGACCGUAUUCAAAUAUGUUAUUUUUAUUGUUGCUUUACUUUGAUACACCUGCUUCUGCUUUCUCAGAAUCAAAGUGGCGCUGCUUUUGCCCUCCGUGCUCCAAAUUGACAUAUUUUCCAGCUUGUGUUGGUUUACCUUGAUUUCCUGAGCAGCUGACAUUACCACUUACUUACCGCUGUAAGAGGAGGCUGUUUUGAAAUGGUGUCCACUUUGAUUAAGCACAACUGUAGUAUCCACCAGCCGUGCGUAAAACAUUGGUCAGCAAUGCAUGAAGCUGCAAAACAGGGACGCAAAGACAUUGUUGCUCUUCUUCUGAAGAAUGGUGGAAAUGUGAACCUUAAGGAUGGAUAUGGAGUAACGCCGUUAGGUGUAGCUGCUGAAUAUGGUCACUGUGAUGUGCUGGAGCAUCUUAUUCAUAAAGGUGGUGAUGUCCAGGCCUUUGCAGAUGAUGGUGCAUCGAUACUUUUUGAAGCAGCCGGAGGAGGUAACCCAGACUGUAUAGCCCUUCUUUUGGAAUAUGGAGGAAGUGGCAAUGUGCCUAAUAAGGCAGGACUGCUUCCCAUACACAAAGCAGCUUAUGAGGGGCAUUACCUGGCCCUGAAGUAUCUCAUUCCGGUCACAUCCCAAACUGCAAUCCAGAAAAGUGGAAUAAGCCCUGUUCACUCAGCAGCAGAUGGCCAGAACUCGCAGUGUUUAGAGCUCCUCAUUGAACAUGGUUUUGAUGUCAAUACUCUCUUGGCCGAACACAUUUCAGAUAGUUACGAUGACAAAAGGAAAACUGCACUUUAUUUUGCUGUUUCUAACAAUGACAUUCUUUGCACUGAAAUAUUGCUCAAAGCAGGGGCAAAUCCAAACAAGGAUCCUUUAAACUGUCUUCUUGUGGCAGUGAGAGCUGGCAACCAUGAAACCGUAAGGCUGCUCCUAUCGUACGGAGCAAAUGUCAACUGCUACUUUAUGUUGGUUAAUGAUACACAUUUCCCCAGCGCCAUUCAGUAUGCUUUGAAUGAUGAGGUGAUGCUGAGGCUGUUGCUCAAUCAUGGAUAUAACGUGGAGAUGUGUUUUGACUGUAUGCAUCAAGAUAUCUUUGGAAAUUCUUUUGUGUGGUCAACUCCAGAGGAAGAGAUUCUCCCCGGGUGGACUUCUUCUGUAAUAAAGGAUAAUCCAUUCUGUGACUUUAUUGCUGUUCCUUGGUUGAAACAUUUAGCGGGAAAAGUGGUUCGUGUUUUUAUAGAUUACAUGGAUUAUGUUCCUCUAUGCACAAAAAUUAAGUUUGUCUUAGAAACACAGAAAGAGUGGACAGAGAUACGUCAAAUAUUGGAUAAUCCUCGCCCACUGAAACAUCUGUGUCGCCUGAAAAUACGUAAACUCUUGGGGUUAAAGAGACUCCAGCAACUGUCAUCCAUGAAGAAGUUUCCACUUCCACCAGUUCUCAAGAACUAUAUCCUGUAUAAAGAAUAUGAUCUGUAUGGAAAAGGGAUACAUUUAGAAUAGUUUUUAAAAUAACUGCAUACAGUCUGUAAUUUGACUCAUUUCCUCACUUUUUUUUUUUUACUAGCUAAAGAGCUGUUUGUGUUUCAUAUUCAUUCACAACAUUCUCAUACUUGUUGUGAAUAGUUCUUUUAUGGGAACAAAUUUUUCUUCAGAACUAGUACAUUAAAGCUCGUGUUUUAACACAACAUUGUACUACCCAAAUAUAAACUAAAAUCAGAAUAAGGAUGCUCUAAUAAUUAUGUUGAACAGUACCCUCUAAAUGGGAAUUCAGAUGAAUAAAGGAUAAAAGAAGAAUUUUCAUGAUGGACUUCCCAAUGAAGAUGAUAAAUACAAUUGCUGCUCUCAGCUUACGGCAUUAGUUUAUUUAUAAAAGAAGAUAAAUGUCUAAUUUAGCUUGGCAAAGAAAAUUAAACCACUAAAUACAUGUUUCUGUCAUGUAAUUGGCCCAAAAUGUAGCACAUUUUGUACUUUGAAGAUCAUGGUCCUAUUAUAAAAUUCUCCAAAUGCUUAAACGAUUCUUUUUAGGUGUUUUUGCAAAGUAUUUUCUCCCAAGUACAACUGCUGUGUGUGCCAGUACUGCAUGUUCAAGGCCUGGCAAGAUUUGAGGAACUUUAAGUAGGCUGUUUUAAAAAAAGAAUAGGUUUUGAUAGACAAACCAGGAAAUCGGGCAGCAUAUUCCCUCGAUUGAGAAAUGUUGCAAUGUCAUAACUUUAAUAAUGGUUCCUACAGAGUUUUGACAGAUCACUUCUCCACCAGACUAAACAACACCCUCAGUCACGCUGUGAUGCACUUGCCAGUAUGCUUCUGUGCCUCUAAAGACAAGCACACCUGAUUAAAUAUUAUUUAAAUUACUCUAUUAAAAGUGGAUUACAUUUA